UACACGUACAGUCCCGGGAGAUAAGUAUAAUCAUCAUAGCGUCUCAUCGACGCACUGUCCUGGUGUGCUUGAUCGCUCCAGAAAUAUAAUGGAGAAUUCUCAAUUUCAAAACCCUGAUAACGCCGGAGUAUUAUUCGUCGAUGCGCCGGAAUACUAUCUGUCCGAUUAUCUCCUGCCGGAAAAUAUCUCGCCGGCGGCGGAGCAACACUGUUGGCCGAAAACUAUGGUGCCGACGGAAUCUGUCGGCAGUGGAUCUUCCAACCCGAUUCCAACCUCUAGUAACAUGGCCAAUAAUGGGACCAAGAAGAAAGUGCAGCGGGCAAAGUGUAGGAUUGCAUUUAGAAUUAAAACUGAACUAGAGACUCUGGAUGAUGGAUUCAAAUGGAGAAAGUACGGCAAGAAGAUGGUUAAGACCAGUCCAAAUCCCAGGAACUAUUACAAAUGUUCUAGUGGAGGAUGCAGUGUGAAGAAGAGGGUGGAAAGGGACAGAGAGGAUUCAAGAUACAUAAUUGCAACGUAUGAAGGAGUGCACAACCAUGAAAGCCCAUGUGUGCUUUACUACACUAAUGAAAUGUAUACCACACUACCUAUCGAGGCUCAUGGAUGGGCUUUACAACCUUCCUCCUUACCGUCAUCUUCUUUAUGAUAAUUCUUGUGUAAUUUUAGUUUUGUUUAUCUCUCUCUCUCUCUCUCUCUCUCUCUCUCUCUCUCUCUCUCUCUUUAAUCCUUAUUAUGUAAGUCUAACCAUAAACCUAGUUUUAGACUUGGUGUUAUUAUAUAUUGACUUAUUUUUAUGUA